AUGAUUAUCUUAUUUUUGUCACUGGGCAUUUUAACUCUUGCAUAUUUAUACUCAACGCGCAACUACAGUUAUUGGAGCAAGAAAAAGAUCAGGCAUGACCCACCGGUACCGCUGUUUGGUAAUCAUUUUAGGAACAUAUUCGGAAAGAAGAGUUUCACCGAAUUAUCCACAGAGCUAUACUUCAAAUAUCCAGAGGAGAAAGUAGUCGGUUACUACAGGGCUAUGAUGCCCGGUCUAGUCAUUCGUGACCUUGAUAUUGUAAGGAAUGUUCUCAGUGUUGAUUUUUCUUGUUUCUACCCGAGAGCGAUGGGUAGAAAUGUUGAAUUGGAACCACUGUUGGGCAACUUGUUCCACGCUGAUGGUGACAGAUGGAAACUGUUGCGCCAGCGGUUGACGCCGGCAUUCACCACUGCCAAAUUAAAAGCCAUGUUCCCUCUUAUCAUAAAAUGUGCAGAGAGACUGCAAUCUGCUGGAGAAAGUAUCACUAUGAACGGUGGAGAAGUGGAUGUACGCGAGAUGAUGGCCAGAUUUACUACAGAUUUUAUCGGUGCCUGCGGUUUCGGCAUCGAAAUGAACACUAUUGACGAUGAAAAAUCAGCGUUCAGAGAACUAGGAAGGAAAAUGUUUGACUUCCCCCUGCGUCAGGCGUUCAUGUUUGGCGUUUGGGAAGUGUUUCCUGAAUUAAAAAAAAUAAUUCGAGUAAGAAGCACGGAAGUUCAAGAUGCUUUAACAGGUAUCGUUGAAUCGAUUUUCGAGCAACGAAAUUAUAAGCCUUGCGGAAGGAACGACUUUAUCGAUCUCUUACUAGAGCUAACAGAGAGAGGUAAAAUAGAAUGUGAAUCCAUAGAGAAGACUAGGCCUGAUGGAGCACCAGAAAAAGUUGAGUUCGAAUUGAGAACGAUUGACCUCAUAGCCCAAGUGUUCGUAUUCUUCGCAGCCGGCUUCGAAACCUCUUCCUCGGCCACUAGCUUUACCCUACAUCAAUUAGCAUUUAAUCCAGAUAUACAAGUUGAAAUUCAAAAUGAAAUUGAUCAGGUACUAGCUAAACACGAUAAUAAAUUGUGCUAUGAUGCAAUCUCUGAGCUUUCGCUUCUGGAUAUGGCGUUCAAGGAGUCGAUGCGAUUGUUCCCGUCCUUGGGAUUCCUGCAGCGACAGUGUGCAAAGCGAUGCACCAUACCACAAUUGGGAGUUACCAUUGAUCCCGGUGUCAAAAUAAUAAUACCGAUACAAGCAAUACAGACGGAUGAAAAAUACUUCGACAAACCACAUGAGUUUCGACCAAAGCGAUUUGCAGGAGAAGAAGGGAAGAACAUUAAUAAAUAUGCUUAUCUACCAUUUGGCGAAGGACCCAGAGCUUGUAUUGGUGCCCGUCUGGGUAAUAUGCAAUCUUUAGCUGGGUUAGCAGCUGUUCUAAGGAAAUUCACUGUUGAACCGUCAGCGAAAACCCCCACAAAACUACCCGUAAACCCUUGGAGUAACACUGUGCAAGAUCACCUUCAAACACUCGGGUUUCGCGUGGAUUUAGUGCCAGUGGAUUUUAUCAACUACUGUAUGCUAGAAAUGUGUGGUCAUGAGAUAUUCCGCUGCAACAUUAAGAAUCUCGCCUUCAAUACUUACUCAGAACGGGACCAGGUCUGUAGACGAGCAAUAAACGCAGUUGUGGAGUCGUCUGGAAAAUUCCUAAGAGCCAGAAGCCAUCGGUGGUUCUGGGCGCUCAUCGAAGACUCGAUAUUUAGAAGGAGCGAGUAUGCACCAAAGGACUUUUGGCCGUUCGCUCUCGACGAUAACUUGGAGAUCGUCAAGUAA